AUGGGACUUGAGCAGUCGUUACAACCGCAAGAACCUUCAAUAUCGGAUGAACCACCGUUCACCGUUGCUGAGUUCGAGCAGUUCUACGAUGCAUGCGGCGAGUAUUUCUUCUCGAUGGGUAGCGUGAAGUUGACUUUCCUUACCGGGGACGAAUUGACCGUCCACUACACAUUUGAUCCGGCGAGAGCCCCGGGUGACAAGUUAUUAAUAUAUUGGGGCUGGCUGAUGCCCCUCUUUUGGGGGCCACCGCCAGGUACCAAGUCUUGGGCGAGACUCCCUGCGAUAGUGGACUUGAUCGAGAAGAAGGUGCACUACGGAAGCUGCAAUGUGCUCGCUACCGACACUUGCUCCUGCAGAAAGAAUCCACACACAGUAGUAGCUCCAGGACUCGAGUGUAAGAACACGUCACACUUGCAUCAUUUUUGUGCCACGCACAUCUCCGCGUGGUUGAAAAACUAUGCAGUGCCGGCGAUCCUGUUGAAAGAAUCCAAGGAAUUAUUUAGUGAAUACAUCGGGAAGGUGCAUAGAAACAACCCGGACAUAUUAAACUAUUAUGCGACAGGUGACCGUACAGACACGGACAUAUUGCUCGAGUCGGUUCGCAAUAUCACAGGUGAGGUCUCGGAUCCAGCAAUAUCCAUAUAG